AUGCUCGAUUUUUCAAAUGCAUUUAAUACUCUACCAACAAGUGAAAGCUUGGCACAAAGAAAAGCAACCAAAAUGAGCUUUAUUAAGAAGGAAAACGAAGAGUUAAAGAGAUAUGCUUCGGAAGUAAAAAGUUCUUUGAUGAACUAUAAAGGGAUUAUUUCUGAGCUAAUAUCUGAAAAAAGCUGCGUUGAGAAUAGCAACAGGGAUGAGACUCAAUCUAUAAUUUCCAAUAGGAUCAGUGAUAUGCUUUUAUCAGAAAAAAAAGAGCUUGAGAAGAGGAUCAGAAAAGCCAGAAAAGAUAUAUUUGAGUCUCUAGAAAGAGCAAAAGAAAGUGAAAAAAUGGCAAAUUAUUGACUAAAAAAAGAAGAAAACUUGGUUCGAAGCUAUGAAAUUAAGAUAAAAGGAUGCUUGGCUGUGUCUAUCGAAAAAGAAAAAAUCAUUGAGCAAGAAGUGACUAACUCCCCUCUCCAUUUUAAUAUAAAAAUUUUGAAAUAUAAGUAAAAUUAGUAUAAUGAAAUUCCCUUAUAAUUCUGUUUAAUUUUAAUAGCUUGCAUUUUAAAGCAUAAAUUUUACAAAUUAAAUUAUUAUUUACUUUCCAAUUUUGAAAGACAAAAUAAUCCCCACCAUAGAGAACAAAAUUUGUUUUUCACUCACAGAGGGGGUAAGAGAAAUGAAAUGGAAAGAAAUUUAAACGAGUUCUUCGCAAUGAGAGAAAAUGAAAUAACAAAAGAGGAGCAAUGUGCUUUAUUAUUAAGAAAGCGUGAAGGAUACUGUAAAAUAAUCAAUCAAUUAAAUAAAAACUAUGAAAAGGUAAAAUUAGACUGCGAGGCUUUAGAGAAGAGAAAUGAAAGGCUGUAUGAAGAGUAUAAAGACAUGAAAAAUUUAUUAACUUCUAAAAGUAUCAUUUUAAUAUCUCAAUACUCAACCCAGCUGCAAAAAGACUUCCAAAAAUGUAAAAAUUUGAAUUUAGAGCAAACAGUCUGCAAUGAGAAAGCUAGGGAAGAGCCAGAACUAAACUAUGAGCAAGAACUCAAAAACAAAUUAAAAAUUCUAGGUAAAAAAUUGCUGCGUCACCAAUUAAAACUCCAAUCUGUUUCAGAAGAAAUUUCAAGGCAGCAAGUAAAAAGAUCAGAGCUUUUAACUGACCAAAAGCAUUUGCAAGAAAUAUCAUCAGCAUAUAUAUCCGAGAUUUCUUAUUACUCAGAUGCUGAUAAAGAAAACCAAUAUCCUCUUUCACCUUCGUCAAAAAUGAAUCCUGAGAGUUUCCAAAACGAUGACAUUGAGAAAACAUGUAAUGGUCAAAGCAUUCUUGCUGAACUUGGAGAAAUAUCAAUUUAA